UCCUUUCUUCUAAGCUCAGGACCGUACUGUACUUUCCUCUUAGCACAAAAAAAAAAAAAAAUUCUCCUCUCAUCUUCUUUCAAAAAAAAAAUGCGUAUGAGCUGUAACGGAUGUCGAGUUCUUCGAAAAGGCUGCAGUGAAAACUGUAGCAUAAAGCCUUGUCUCCAAUGGAUCAAAUCCGCCGAAUCUCAAGCCAACGCCACUGUCUUCCUCGCCAAAUUCUACGGCCGUGCCGGUCUCAUGAACCUCCUCAACGCCGGUCCUGACCACCUCCGUCCUGCGAUAUUUAGAUCAUUGUUAUACGAAGCAUGCGGGAGGAUUGUGAAUCCGAUUUACGGAUCCGUCGGGUUAUUAUGGUCCGGGAAUUGGCAUCUUUGUCAAGCAGCCGUGGAGGCAGUGAUGAGAGGCUCUCCUGUAACUCCGAUCGCCUGCGACGCAGCGAUCACAGGCCAGUCUCCUCCUUUCAACAACAACAAACUCUUCGACAUAAGACACGUGUCGAGAGACGAGAACGGCUUAAAGAGUCGGUGUCGGUCGAGCCGUGGUGCAAACAAACAAGAGAGAAACGUGAGGUCGUCGCUGAGUCACGAGUCUUCACUGAGUCACGAGUCGACGGUGGUGAAGGAUGAAGGGAGUAUGGUUUCGUCGGAGGAGACGAUGACGGAGGAACCGAGUUGGAUCGGGCUUGAGCUUACUUUGGGGUUGGAGCCGGCCAUGGCACGUGAGAGUCACGUGGUGGUGCCGAUGAAGAAAAGGAAGCUAGAGAGAUGUGGCACGUGCAAUGAUGAGGACACGUGUAAGAUUGAGCUUGGACUUGUGUGCAGUGAGUGAGAUGAAUGGUGUGUUUUUUUGGGGCUGUGUGUUGAGUUUUAUUAGCCUUUUAGGUGUACAAAGAGAUUAGCAAAUCUCUCUUUUUUAGUCUCUUUUAAGUUUUGUUUUGUUUACUGUUUUGCAUGUUCGGUGUUUUUUCAUAAAUGUGUAUGAUAAAGAGGUCUUAACUUAACAAAAUUGCAAUCUUCA